ACACACCACAUCAUUACCCAUUAAAAUGAACGCGUCACGCGUGAGAACUGGGGAAUGGCCGACUGGGGGGCAAUUUCAAAAUUUGAAGUGAUAGGGUCAUUCCGGUCAUUUUAGAUUUAUAAUUUGCAAAAACAAAAAAAAAAAGAGGAAAAAUGGGAAUACUCAAAAAGAUACUUGAUGUCCCUGCUUCCCGUUUCCUCCCCAGUCCCCAGGCCUUAGCCUUAGGCUAGUACCUUCUAUCCUUCCUCACCGGAAAGACUAAAGAGAGAAUAAAAGCACACAAAAGAGGACGGAAAAAAAUUAAAAGAAAAAAAAAAGGAAACUGAGCAAGCCAUACCAAACAACCACCCAACCAACGCCAAGGAAACAUGCAGGCCGCAGCCAGCAAGAAAGAGGGAGGAGUAAAGAAAUAAUAAAGAAGGAGAAAGGGAAAAAAUAAAAGAAAGAAAGGAAAAAAAGGAAAAAAAGGUUUCACUCCAUCUCACUGGCUCGCUCUCUCCUGUUGAAUGCUGAAUGCUCCCUUGUCGUCUUAAGUUUUCUGGGCAAAAUUCGGUAUGUUCAGUUGUAUGUAAGGAGUUUCUCCUUUUUCUGGUUUUCUUUUCUAUGCCCACUUUUUUCUCCGUCUCCUUUUCUCUUUCCUUUUUCAUCUCUCUGUCUCUCUCGUGUGCAACCUUGCCAUCCCCGUGACUCUAACCAAAACCUGCCCCAUAAAAUUAUUUUCUUGAGAAUUAAAGAAAAGGAAGGAAAAGAGAAAUAGUACAGGGAGAUAGGAGACUGAGAGAGAGAGAGAGAGAGGAAGAAAAAAAAAACCCUUUUUUCUGGGUUCUCUCUCCAACUCUCAUGACUUAUCCUUCUCUCAGUCCUUCUAUUCUACCUGUCUACAACGACCACAACAGCAGGAAGGAACAACGAUGCGAUCUCCACAAUCACUCCGAAACGGCGAAACCCCGCCUCGAAUCCUGGCUCCUCCUUUCCAUUCCACCGUGUCCGAACAAAAGCUCCGACGCUUCAACACGCUGAUACUUGUAUUCCGUCUUGCCUCUUUUUGCUUCUCUCUUGCCUCUGCGGUUUUUAUGGUCACUAAUUCUCAUGGCUCCAAUUCCCCUAAUUGGCACGUUUUCGACGCAUUUAGAUUUGUUUUUGCUGCAAAUGCAAUCGUGGCUCUGUAUUCCUUGGCCGAAAUGGGAGCUUCAGUUUGGGAGAUUUUGAAAGGAACCACCGUGUUGCCGGAGACCGUGCAGGUCUGGUUUGAUUUCGGUCACGAUCAAGUUUUCGCUUACCUGCUACUGUCGGCGGACGCAGCGGGAACGGCAUUGUCCCGGACCUUGAGAGGAGGAGACACGUGUACGGCCACAAGCUCGUUUUGUGUUCAGUCUGAUAUAUCGAUUGCCUUGGGAUUCGCUGGCUUCCUUUUCCUAGGGUUUUCAUCUCUGCUUUCGGGAUUUCGGCUUGUCUGUUUUAUUAUCAGGGGCUCUCGUUUUCAUCUCUAGGGUUUGUUCCUGUGAGACUCUAAACGGAGAGGAGGAUGAGUGAAAAGAAUACAGCUUACUAUUACUGGAUAGACUGGAUUGCAUUUUUGCAAUUGCAUUACGCUUUGGUUUGGACUUUGGUGUAUGAGAUCGCGUCGGUGUAUGCGCGUCUUUUUGGGUUUAUUAUCAGAUGGCAGCGAUCGAUUGAGUUGCGUAAUUCUUUCUGACAGUUGCUAGCAUGUUCUGUGGGACCAUGGUAAACCCUUAAUGAGAUCGUCGUUGGAUCUGGAUUAUCUAUCGUCGCGCACUUGAAGUUCUGGAUCCUACGAUUACAACCUAGGGGGUUAACCAUGGUCCUAAUGAUACCAUAGCGAUUUCUCUUUUUGUA